UUGCAGAUAUAAUGAGGAAUUGAUGAAGACAGUCAGAGAAAUGGGUGGAGGAUUAUGCGAAAUGCUUAAGGAUCGUAAGCGAACUUUUGAGCAAGGCUCAAUUAAAGCAUCUGUUUUGAAGAAAGCAAAGUUAGAGUCGAGAAGUAGUGGUGUUAUCAGUGAAGAUUCACCAUGCGCUUUGAAACGAAAAAGUUUUAUGCUGAUGAGAGCACAGCUCACCGUUCUUGAAAAAUCGACUGAACCGCUUGUUUCACUCAAUCAACUAACAUCUCGACUCAAGUACAAAUGGGAAUUGAAGAAUGUAGAAAACGGUAAAUCACUACUUCUUGUGAAUGAUGUCACUGUUUUGGAAGGAAUUUUGCCGGCAUGGAAUGAUAACGAUGCAAAAAAUUUUGCUGCAGCAGCUGCUUUAGCAUCAUUAUCAAGGGAUGACAGAGAAGUGCGCGCGAAAGCUGGCAAAUUUGAAUUAUAUAAAGAUGAUAAUGGUCCAUCCGAUUUUUACACAUCCUAUCUUAUGGAUCAGUUGAAAUUGGCUGUUAAAGUGAUGCCUACCAGUGGAAGUUCAUUUGAUAAAUUGGAAGGCGGUCUUCGUACAGUUCGGAUGCCUCUACGAUAUAUUGCCGAACGUGGAACCGGAUGGGAACAAAAAAUAUCGAUAAACGCAUUAAAUGUUCAACUAGCAAACGCCGUAUUACGAAAAGGUGAGUGCAAUAGGAAUCGAGAAAAAGAAAGGAAGGAAGAUCUGGCUACUUCAAUCAUUCAAAGACUUAGUGAUUCAGAUUUUGAACUUAUUCCGACCAACAAUGGAUAUAUACUUCGUUAGGGUCUUCACUUACAAAAGUGUAUGUUGAUUCAGUUUUCAAACAGUACAGUACUGUGUUCAUG